CAGAAAACCAAAAAGUGUUUUUCAUUCCUCCCUCCUCAUUCUCCCUCUCUUUCUCUCUCUGCAAUUUCUGGUUUUUGCGAGAGAGAUUGAAAAUGGAGUUGAGGGUAAACAGUGAUUUGCGUUUGUUAGUGGUGAUUAUUAGCAUUCUAUCCCCAUUAAUGGCACUCGGAGCAAUCAAAUCCGACGAAGCAAUGAUGGGGUGUGAUCUGUUCGAAGGAAAUUGGGUAUUGGAUCAAACAUAUCCACUCUACAAUGAAUCCACCUGCCCUUUCCUUGAAAAGGAGUUCAACUGCGUCAACAAUGGCCGCCCUGACCGAUUGUAUCUCAAAUACCGAUGGCAACCCCAUGACUGCCGGUUAUCCAGAUUUGAUGGUCGAAACUUCUUACAAAAACUAAGAGGGAAAACAAUAAUGUUUGUAGGAGAUUCACUCAGUCGAAACCAAUGGUUGUCGUUGCUCUGCAUGAUUCAUUCAUCAGUGCCAACUGCAAAUUACGCUGUUAACAUCUCCUUAAUUCAAGACAUGACAACCUACACAUUUACGGAUUAUAAGGUGAAAGUAAUAUACCAUCACAACUUGUACCUAGUAGAUAUAGUGAAAGAAAAAAUUGGGAGGGUGUUGAAGUUGGAUACAUUGACAGCUGGCAAGCUGUGGUUGAACGUUGAUUACCUUGUGUUCAACACGUGGCAUUGGUGGAAUCGCAGAGGAGCAAGCCAACCAUUUGAUUAUAUACAAGAUGGAAGUCGUAUAUACAAGGAUAUGGAUCGUAAUAAAACAAAAGUGUUUUUUCAAGGAAUAUCGCCUUCUCAUUAUAACGGCACCGAUUGGGGAGAACCGAAGGCAAAAUCCUGCUCCGGCGAGAAAGUUCCUCUUCUGAGCUCUACCUAUCCCGGAGCUUCGCCGCCGGCGUUGAAGGUUCUCAAGAACUCACUCAAAACCAUCAAGAAACCGGUGACUUUGCUCGACAUUACUAACCUUUCACUGCUGCGGAAAGACGGACAUCCGGCGGCGUACGGCUUAGGAGUGGUGGAUUGCAGCCACUGGUGCCUCGCCGGAGUUCCAGAUACAUGGACGCUUUUACUUUACAAUCUUAUGUUUUAGAAAAUGAAUAUUAUAUAUUCAAUUAUUGGAUUAUAUAUAGAAAAUAAUGAAAUAUGGUAUAGCAUAAAAUAUCCCAAAUGGGUAUUUCCUGAGUAAGUGGCAU